AUGCAGCUGUCUGUGCGGAUUGUGAUAAGCAUCAUUUUAUCUAUAAUCGGGGUACAUGGAAUCAUCAUAAACUCCGCCAUCCUCUCUGUGUACAUCAAACUCUGGAGAAUGAGGAAUAGACUCGGAGCCAGUGACCCAAUCCUGCUCUCUAAGGCUCUCACCAAUCUCCUCCUGGUGUGCACUACGUUGCCUAUCCAUUACUUGCUUAAUUUUUACACCCAAAUAAACACAGAAAUAUUAUUGCCGGUGGAUUAUGUCCUAUUUGUGCUGUAUAAUAUGAGUUUGUGGAACACCGCCUGGCUCUCCAUCUGCUACUGUGUGAAACUCGUCACCGUUACCCACCGGAUCUUCCUCUGGGUGAAAAUGUGGUUUCCCUCUUCCAUCACCAAACUCCUCAUAGGAUCAGCAAUAUGGUCACUUCUGGUGAAUUUGCCCUUUAUAUGGACAGCAGAGAUGAUAUUUAAAAACCGAACCCGCUCAUCUCUAGUAGAUGUCUUUUACUGUGCGGUGAACGUGCUGCUGAGUUACGUCCUGCCUUUUACCCUGACUUUCACCUGUAUUGGGCUCAGUGUAACGUCUCUCCUGCACCAUGUCUGGAGGAUCAGGCAGAACGUGUCCCAGGACAGCUCAUCCCCUCAGCUCCAGGCUCUUGUUCGGGCGGCUGUGACAAUGAUUCUGCAUGUGCUGUUGGACUUGGUCUUCCUAAUCACUGAUGUGUACAUGUUUGCUGAGUCGUUCCGUGGCAGCCCUGUGCUACAGAUACUAUUCUGGAUGUUUCUCUUUUCAUAUCCAUCAGUACAAGCUUUCAUACUAAUCUUUGGAAACCCCAAAUUAAAGAAAAUUCUCUUCAGAUGA